AUGGAGUACAAUAGGUAUGAACUGUUGCCAAACAUGGCGAUUGUCAUUCUUGUUUGUCUCAUCUCCAUGUUUAGCUUCUCUCAAGCAUACACUGAGGGGGAACCACUAGGAACUUUGAAGACUAAUCAAGAAAGCAAAUUUGAAACCUACAUUGUCUUCGUGAAGAAGCCAGAGGGGAAAGUUUCUGCUGAUGACUUGGACAGCUGGUACAAGACCUUUUUACCAGUUGCCAUUCCAAGUUCAAACCACCAAGAACGCCUGGUGUAUUCCUACAGAAAUGUUGUCACUGGUUUUGCUGCUAAACUAACAGCAGAAGAAGCGGAAGCUAUGGAAAAUAAGGAUGGGUUUUUAUCGGCAAAGCCCCAAAAAAUUCUGUAUCUACAUACAACUCACAGUCCCAACUUCUUGGGGUUGCAAAAAAAUUUAGGAUUUUGGAGAAACUCAACUUACGGAAAGGGAGUGAUUAUUGGGGUUUUGGACACUGGAAUAUCUCCGGAUCACCCUUCAUUCAGUGAUGAAGGAGUGCCUCCUCCACCACCCAAAUGGAAAGGGAAAUGUAAUUUCAAUGGAACUGUGUGUAACAACAAACUCAUUGGUGCAAGAGAUUUCGUUUCAUCAAAUGCCGCACCACCAUUUGAUGAGGAAGGCCAUGGGACUCACACAGCCAGCACGGCAGCUGGAAAUUUUGUAAAUGGUGCCAAUGUGUUUGGCAAUGCCAAUGGCACGGCAGUUGGUAUGGCACCUCUGGCUCACUUAGCCAUUUACAAAGUUUGCUCUGAUUUUGGUUGUGCAGACAGUGACAUAUUGGCUGCAAUGGAUGCUGCUGUUGAGGAUGGGGUGGAUUGGUUCGGCGCCUUUUUUGAAGAUUCAAUUGCAAUGGGAGCUUUUGGAGCGACUCAAAAGGGAAUUUUCGUGAGUUGUUCAGCGGGGAAUGAAGGUCCAUAUAAUGGUUCUUUAUCAAAUGAGGCCCCAUGGAUUCUCACUGUUGGAGCAAGCACCAUUGAUAGAAGCAUAAGAGCAGAUGUGUUGCUUGGAAAUUCCAAGCAGUUUCUUGGCGAAUCCCUCUUCCAGCCAAAUUCACCUCCGUAUAUGAGUCUUGUUUAUGCAGGUGCUAAUGGUUCUGAAUCAGCAGCAUUUUGUGCACCAGAAUCGCUGACCGAUAUUGAUGUCAAAGGCAAGAUAGUUCUUUGUGAGAGAGGUGGUGGGAUAGCAAGAAUUGACAAAGGACAAACGGUGAAAGAUGCCGGUGGUGCUGCUAUGAUUCUUAUGAAUGACAAGGAUAGUGGCUACAGCACCUUAGCAGAUGCUCAUGUACUUCCUGCAUCACAUGUGAGUUACUCAGCUGGGUUGAGCAUCAAAGCCUACAUAAACUCAACACAGUUUCCAACAGCUACAAUCGUUUUUGCUGGAACUAAAAUUGGUGACAAAACUGCCCCAGCGGUUUCUUCGUUUUCCUCAAGAGGCCCAAGCUUGGCAAGCCCAGGCAUCUUGAAACCAGAUGUUAUAGGCCCUGGUGUGAGCAUUUUAGCAGCAUGGCCAGUUUCUGUGGAGAACAAGACAGAUACGAAAUCAACAUUUAACAUUAUUUCAGGCACCUCAAUGUCUUGCCCACAUCUCAGUGGAAUUGCUGCUUUGCUUAGAAGUGCCCACCCUGACUGGUCACCUGCUGCUAUCAAAUCUGCUAUUAUGACAACUGCUGAUUUGGUAAACCUUGGAGGCCAGCCAAUUUUGGAUGAAAGGCUUUUACCUGCUGAUAUCUUGGCCACUGGAGCAGGCCAUGUCAACCCAUCAAAAGCAAGCGAUCCGGGUCUUGUUUAUGAUAUCCAGCCUGAUGAUUACAUUCCUUACCUAUGUGGCUUGGGUUACCCAGACAAAGACAUAAGCUCCAUUGUGCAGCGCCUAGUAAAAUGCUCAGAAGAGUCGAGUAUACCAGAAGCACAGCUGAAUUAUCCUUCCUUUUCCAUUGUAUAUGGACCUAAUUCUGCAACUCAGACCUAUACCAGAACGGUAACAAAUGUUGGCCCUCCUGACUCAUCUUACACUGCUUUCAUCGAUCCACCACCAGGGGUAAAUGUUACCGUUGCACCUAAAAACAUUAUAUUCUCUAACACGAAACAGACUGCAACAUACUCUGUGACGUUCACUGAAACAUCUGAGGCAAGCAAUGAUCCAAUAGCUCAAGGAUAUAUCAGAUGGGAUUCAAAUCAGUAUUCAGUUAGAAGCUCGAUAUUGAUCUACUUCUCCAAUGAAGAUUAG